CAUAAAAUACAUGAAUUUAUUUUACCAGAAAGAAACACAGAAGCUAGAAGAUUCACCGGUAGCCAUACUUGUGCGCAACUGGAACCUUCCUCCGUCGUCUUAACCACCGUGAAAGCCAAGCUCCUGCGUCGCUCUCACCGCACAACUCACCAGCAGCACCCGCUGCUAUGUUUCUCGUAUCUUUUAUUUGCAGUGAUAUUCCUCAAACACUGCAACUCUCAAAACCCUCAAAAAUGAAAACUUUCUCCUCAAUUCAACCGCUCCAGAAUCUCCAUUCCGCCGCAUUUUUCUCUUCCACUCCCAAAAGGACUCAAGUUCCUUUCUCUGCAAGGGUUUUCUUUUGUCAGGCAAAAUCUGACCUUUCAUGACGCUUUUCUACUCAGGAACAAACGAGUCAUUAAACGUUAAAUUAUUGUCCCCGAUGCUAUUAGUAGCAGAAAAAGAAGAAGCCAAGGCUGUAUUGACCUUGUUUUUGAAGAAACAAGGUUUGAGCAAUGCAAAUGCAACAAAAAUCAUCAACAGAUCAGAUCCUUUUAUUGAUCACCUUAUCUCAAAGCUUCACUCUAAGCAUAAAACUUGGUACCUUUCAGGGAGAGAGCUUACAACUCUUGAAAUCAGGGAUGCACUUAUCUCUUAUCUUGAAUCGCUUUUCGAAGAGCACGGACAUAUUCUAGUGGAUGUAGUGGAAAACUAUCCAAACCCACCUGUUAAGGAUAAGUCAGCCGAGCCGAUUCCCCCUCCUAAUCCUAGUCCAGCGGUAUUGUCCAAGAAACUUAAAGCCGUGUCUCUAGUGAGUGGGCUAGACCCUGCUGCGGGAAAUCUCCGUCCUCAUUUUGUUUAUCUCAUGGAACUUGGAAUGGAAAUUGGCCAGAUUAAGACUAUUAUACGGAGGUACCCAGCUUUCGCGAACUAUAGCUUGGAUGGUAAAAUUAAGCCGGUGGUCGAGUUUUUACUUGAACUUGGAAUGCCAAAAGAACAAAUUCUUAUUAUCCUCACGAAAAGGCCCCAGUUAUGUGGAAUCAGUCUAUCUGAAAAUCUUAAGCCGACAAUGAAAUUCUUGGAAUCUUUGGGCGUUGACAAGAAACAAUGGGCGAAGGUGAUCUACCGCUUCCCGGCCUUGCUAACUUAUAGCAGGCAAAAGAUUAAUGAAAGUAUAGAUUUUCUCCUUGAAUUAGGCAUCUCCGAAGAGAGCAUCGGUAAGAUCUUAACUCGCUACCCUAAUAUUGUUUCUUACAGUGUAGAGGACAAUCUCCGGCCAACAGCUAUGUACUUUCAUUCCUUGGGAGUUGAUGUUGGCCUUCUUCUAUUCAAGUGUCCACAAAAUUUUGGUCUUAGCAUUGAGGCUAAUAUAAAGCCUGUAACGGAAUUUUUCUUGGAGAGGGGAUACACUUUGGAAGAAAUUGGGACUAUGAUUUCGAGAUAUGGACCAUUGUACACUUUCAGCUUGACUGGGAAUUUAAUGCCAAAAUGGGAUUUCUUUUUGACUAUGGAUUACCCUAAAUCUGAGCUGGUUAAGUUCCCUAAUUUUUUUGGAUACAAUUUAGAACGACGGAUUAAACCGAGAUAUGCGCGCUUGAAAUGUUCUGGGGUGAGAUUAUUGCUGAAUCAGGUUCUUUCACUAUCAAGCAGCAAAUUUGAAGAUGUUCUUAAAAAGAAAAUGAAGAAACUGCAAAUUGAUUAGGUCAGGACUCUGUUUAUAGUAGCAAGGUUGUUCAAUCAGAUAACCAAAAUUGAGACUUUCAGGCAAUGUUUCAGGUCAGAAGAUGGUCACGACGACUUUUUCUUCUCCUUUUCGGAUCAAUGGCAUCGCAAAUUACAACUUUUAAUUCAUAUAUGCAGUGAAAGGUUGUAGUUAUACUGAAACGUAGCUUCAGGAUUUGCAGUUCGGCCAUGAAGUCAAGCAUUUAAGCUGUUUUGAAGUGCCUUUGAAACAUGCUAGCACCUGCAACCAUCUUUUUGCAGGUUUUUUUACAUGAAUAACACUAGUUAAAUCUACUUACCAGUUGUUAUUGUAUAUGUGAUUGUAUUGAGUCCAUAUAGUGAUUGGAAUCUUUUUUGUGUAAUUUGUAAAAUAGCCAAUUAGAGGAUGCAGUUUGGUAACAUGACACCAGAUUUUGGUACUGGUUUGUCUUGAAAAAGCAUUAGUUUCAUUUGCAAGGAAACAUAUAAGUUUGCUUGUACUUUGGCUAAGGCCACCAUAAAUUAUGUUGCUUCUAUAGUCUUUGAUGAUA